UUCAGAUCCUGCCCAUGCAGACCCUGAGGGAGGUGCAGAAGCCCACCCCGGGGUGCCGGCUCCAAAGGUCUUUCUGCUCGUGCCUGAUAGAGCCAGCAGCCCAGUCUGAGGAGCUACGGGAGCUGGUAGAAGUCAAUCUGGAGUUCCAGAAGAGGCUUGAGUUGCUGCUGUUCAAUGACCGGUUCUUCAGGGACAACUUCGCCGUGGUUCUUCAGCCCUUUCUGAAACACGCUGACCCCCCCCCGCCUCCCGAACGGGAAGAUCGAUAUGACCUUCUUCACUCACGACUGCUUUCACUUCACCAUUAAGGGACACGAAGAGCUGGCGAAGGGACUGUGGAACAACAUGUUUCAGUCAGAGGGGGGAAAGAUGAUCGUGAGCAGCUUCUCCGACCCCAUCAGUCUCAUCUGUCCUCCCAUGGAGCACCCGUUCAUCUUCACCCGGCCGCUGGCAGCCCGCUCCGGUCACCCCCCCCUGCAGUCUGCCACUCUCUCGCAGGCAGCCCUCCUCCUCCUCCUGCUGCUCCUCACAGCUCUGGCAUGUCUCCCGGUUAUGUAGCUUUCACUUUUCUGGACUGUUUUCCAGCCUGCCUGUGCUGCGUUGGUUGCUGUCGGGGUUUCAGAGCGAUACAUAUGCAAAGUAGAGUUGGUCAGCCAGACUUUGCAACUGAAUACUGAAUAUUAUUAUAUUGUAUAGGCAGGUUGAGACUUAAGCAGUUGUAGGUGAGAAGCUUUCUUUGGAUGGAUCUGUUGCUGGAAGAAAAACAUAUUUGAUAUUCUAUGUGAUUUAUCAGUCCAAACACACUAACUGAGGGGAAGGGGCGGUCUUCAGUUUUCCCCUCAUUGGAAUAAUAAACUCGAGGUGUAUUUUUAAGCAAAGGUCUGGCUAGUAGUUGCUUUGAAUACACUGUAUCACCUAUCAUAAGUUGCAGAUUUUGUAAAGAAGCAUGUAGAUGAACAUUUUGUGAAGUUUAUACAUUCAUUAAUAAAACAUUAAACUAAUCAGAUUUUGACCAAAAUGUUUUUGAAAGUGUUUUUCUUUUAGGAAUCGUGAAUU